AUGGCAAGGGAGACCUUCCCCUUCACCUCCUCCACACUGCGGUCCCUCCGCCUACAGCGAGAGUGGCUGGAGUGGGAGGACCGGCGUCGGGCCAUUGUCCAGCAAUGCCGGAGCCGCAGGUGCCCCCCCAGUCCCCGGGCCCUGCUCACUAGGCCUCGCCGCUCCUGCCGUGACCCAGCUGUCCACAACGCCCUGUUCUCUGGAGACCUGCUGCAGGUCCAAGUCCUAUUCCAAGAUGAAGAGGCUGCCAACAUGAUUGUGGAGACUGUGAGCAACCAGCUGGCCUGGUCAGCAGAACAGGGGUUCUGGGUGAUGACCCCCAAGACCAAGCAGACAACUCCUCUCACCAUUGCUGCAGGCCGAGGCUACACCGACUGUGCUCGCCAUCUGAUCCGGCUUGGGGCUGAGCUGGACUCUCGUAUUGGGGGUCGAGCCGCCUUGCACGAGGCCUGUGCCCAGGCCCAGGUGGACUGUGUGCAGCUGCUCCUGACCUUCGGUGCCAAGGCCAAUGUGCUAUCUGAAGAGGGCAAUGCUCCCCUGCACCUCUGCAUAGCCCCCGAAUCUUUGCAGUGUGCCAAGCUGCUGCUGGAGGCAGGAGCAAAGGUGAACCUGGCAGCAAAGGAGAAUGAGGUGACGCCCCUGCAUGUGGCCGCAGCACGUGGCUUGGAGGAGCAUGUGGUCCUCUACCUGGCGCACGGCGCUGACGUGGACCUGCGCACGAGCCAGGGCGAGACGGCCCUGAAUGCAGCGUGUGCGGCUGCCGAGGGCCCCGGCCCAGGUGGGCAGCAUGAGGCUGUGGCUCGAAGGCUCUUGGAGGCUGGGGCUGAUGCCCGGGCCGCUGGCCGCAAGCGCCACACUCCACUACACAACGCCUGUGCCAAUGGAUGUGGGGCUUUGGCUGAGCUACUGCUGAGCCAUGGGGCCCUCGUGAGAGUCCCCAACGGAGCAGGACACACACCCAUGGACUGCGCGCUGCAAGCCGUCCAGGAUGCCCCAAAUUGGGAGCCCGAGGUCCUCUUCUCAGCCCUGUUGGACUAUGGGGCCCAGCCAGUCCAUCCUGAAAUGCUGAAACUGUGUGCCUCCUUCCCACGUGCCCUGGAAGUCCUGCUUAAUGCCUAUCCUUGUGUUCCAUCCUGUGAUGCCUGGGUGGAUGCAGUGCCUCCAGAACUGUGGCAGGAGCACGAAGCCUUCUACCGUUCGGCCCUGUGCAUGGUGAACCAGCCGAGGCAGCUGCAGCACCUGGCCAGGCUGGCCGUGCGUGCUCAGUUAGGUGGCUGUUGCCGCCAGGCAGCCACCUGGCUCCCGCUACCCCCACUCCUCAGGGACUACCUGCUGCUGCGUGUGGAGGGGCGCAUCCAGUGA